AUGUUUUCACCCUUAAUCCAUCGUAAUUACAGGAUAUUUUCUCAUUUCUCAGAAUUAAUAAGUUUCAAACCAAAACGUAUCUUUUCUUUUAAUUUUACAAAUAUAAUUUUUUAUUCAACAAAUACUCAUAGAGGAAAUUAUCAUUUAUCAAUUUUACAAACAUCGAUUUCAUCACGAAUAAGAACUCGGAUACAACUUCCUUCAUUCUACAUUAUAAAAAGAGCAAUAGCUAGUUUAGAUACUCCCAAAGAGAUAGAACAAGCUGAACGAUGGUUAAAAGGAUUUACAAAGGAAAAGAUUCCAAGAGAUUUGAUUGUAUUAAGUUAUGCACGGAGCAGUGGUCCUGGUGGACAAAAUGUGAACAAAGUUAAUACAAAGGUCGAUAUGAGAUUUAAUUUAAAUAAUGCUACAUGGAUACCAGAAUAUGCCAGGAAAAAAUUAGCAAUUCAAGAAGCAAAACGACUCAAUAAAAAAGGAGAAUUGAUGAUUACUUCAGACAAAACUCGUUCACAAACUAAAAAUGUUGAAGAUUGUGUUGAUAAACUAUACGAGAUUAUUUUGAAAGCUGCUGAAAUACCAAAGGCUCCAGAUGAAGAAACUUUGAAAAGGAUUGAAAAAUUAAAGAAAGCUGAAAAUAAUAGGAGAAGAAUGGAAAAAAAUCAUAGAUCCGAAAAGAAGUCAUCUCGUCGCAUUAAAGAUUAUGAUUAG